CACUGCGAAUUCAGUCAAACGCACAACAGCUUACGGUAUAGCAAAAAUCAAAUUAAUCGAGCGAGUGAAAAGGAUAUUGCGAGGAUACAGGAAUAAAAUAAAAUAGAAAUAUGAAAAUGUUGAAAAUCGUUUUAUGCAUGCUGAGCGCAAUCCUUGUGGCGGAGUGCGCGCUCCCCCGCCACAUUUCGGCUCGUGCUGACACCUCUUUGGGCAACUUCCUGCUCAACCAUCAAGGACGUGCCACCACACCAUCAUCCAUGCAAUGUUUCAGCAUUUAUGUGCCACUCCUCAAUGAAGCGUCCAAUCAGUGGGCCAUAGCAUAUGAGAAAUGCGUGAAGGCGGCAGAAGAUGGACGUAAUGGCAUUUUGGCGGAGGCGAACUCGCGCAACAAGGACAUCUCUACUGUGGCCGGCGGUAUUUGUGGUUAUGUGCAAUCGUGUGAUUCAAAUGUCGACGAUUUAUCGGCACUCGACUGUUUCGGCUAUAUGUCCUCAAACACAGUGUCCACCAUUUAUACUGUCUCCAAUAAUGCCUCGGAUAUAGUAGCGACCUUACGUCAACGUAUUAAUCUUAUUGACAUCGAUUCCUAUCGCUGCUCAAAUGCUAGCGAACGUGAGUAUAUCGAACGCACUGGACAAAUCUACACAGCGCUCAACUUCUGCUUGGAAAAUGGUCCACCACCAACAAUACCACCACCGACAAGCGCCCCCAAUGCACCGGUUGCUAGCGUAAAUGAUAUACAGCUGAUUUCUGCUCCACGCCGCACACCCACUUUAGGCCUCUUGAGCAGUGGGCCACAGGCGUCUGCCGCUAAACCUGCACCAAGAAGUAAUUUAAGUUCCACCUUGAAUAAUUGGUUGCAACAAAAUAGCAAUCAAGAUGCUGAUAAUGUGUAAAUUGUUGGCGUGCAAUAAUGCAACAAGACAUUUAUCGACUAUAAAUGACAUUAAAUGUGACAGAAAAGUUAACUGAGAGACCAAAACGUUCAUAUAAAUAUAAAUAUAUUUAAAUUUUAAAGCA